AUGUAUAAAGAAUUAUAUAAUACAAUCAAGAAGCAAGGAUUAGAGGAUAAAAUUAUUGAUAAACAAAGGGAUGAAUUAUUUGAAACACUUUCUAUUUCAAAUUUUGAUAAAGAAUUUUUGCAUUCACUAAUUUUUCUAGAUGAUGCCGUGAAAUCAAAACUAAUAACUAAUGAGAAAUCAUAUUUUAAUCAAUUAUUAACUCAAUGUCGACAUAUUCAAUGUUCAUUCUUUAUGGCUGUUCAAUACUUUAAAGCAUUAAGCACAAACAUUAAAUCAAAUCUAUCAACACUUUUCAUUUUCAGUGGUUUUAGUCGUCAACAGUUGAACGUUAUGCUUUAUCAAGUGAAUUUACCAAUGAGCAUUAAUGAACUUUACACACAAUAUCAACAAUUAGGAGAACAUGGAAAAAUAAUAGUUGAUUUAAAUAAAGGAAGUGUUAAAUUUGAUUAA